UCACCGGCUUUAAUGGCAGGCAUCGGCGUGUUGGUUGGGGAACUAGUUGUAGUAGGAAUAGGUUUUGCCGUAGUGAUGCGUCGAAGACGAGGAAUUAUUCCUGCCCGUUUGAAGGAUAGAGCCCCUGAUAGGAAGGAUGAUAAGCAUGACGACAUGUUGCCAAAUGCAGCGUCAAAUGUAGAAAGAGUCCAUAAAUCAGUGGUUAACCCUAACCACUUUGAACUUGAAAAACAAACCGAGUCAGUGAUCGAACAAAUCGACAAUUACAACAGAUCAGAGGAUCAUGGGACAGACAUUCUUGAUGAGAACAAUUACCACUCAAUUGAUGGACCGGCAGAGGAACCGCGAGGAAACGUCAGAGUCGACUGCAUUGAUUAUGAUUGCACCACUGACGAAGCCGCAACAUCUCGUGGUAUAACCCAUGACAAUGUAUACAAUAAACUGAAGCUUGGCCGCAAGGGAAACUAUGAACAUGCUAAGGGAUCAUGUCAGAUUAAUAGCAUCACGACAAACAACGAUUACGAUACGACUGCAACUCUUAACACGAUAAGUCCUCAUUGCAACGACGACUAUGACCAUGUGGGUGACAUGGGGCAUGCUCAUUCCCUCUCGUCAAGCGAUGACGAUUAUAGUUCAGCAGUGAAGUGCGCGGCGCAUGCACGAGGCUCUGCCGCAGAAUUGGACAAGCAUGAUGACGGUCAUGGGCUAAAUCCGUUCGUCAAAGUUUAAGUAGGCAACGACACCAGAGAUAUGUUUACUUCUUAGAAAUUAAUAAACGCACAAGGCCUCUUCGUGUUACUGCAGGAGUUAUGUACAUUUUAACUGAUUGGUGAUGUAAGGAAGAACUGAAGUACUCUUACACUUUAUUUGAUGUGUUUCCAUUAAUAUUAUAAAGUAUCAUGGUUGUAAAUAGUGCAAUAUUGAAAUAUGAGUCAAUUAUGUUCCAAGCAAGUAAAACCAUGCAAACACACAGACGAAUUUUACA